UGGAUAUAAAUACUUUUCUCUCAGCUUCUACAUGUGUAUGGCUUUCUCAAGUGAACUUUUUAACAUGUCAUUCACAUUCCUACUAGCCCAACCUUUCUCAAACUGUAGCUGCAGACCACAACCUGGGAUCUGUGUUUAUCUCCCCAGUGCUACAUAAUGGCAUAAUGUUUAGAUUUCUUAUCAUUGAAAACUGGGUUGAUUAAUUAAUGUUUAAUGGUGGUCUUUAGCUGGAACCAAAUGUUAAUAAGGGUGUACAGAGUCAACAAAGAUUGAGAACUGCUGCACUAGCCCAUGUUUGGCUACUUUAUCAACAUAUCUCCUAUGAAACAAUAUCAGGGAUUCCCUCUAAGUGUGUCAUCACAUAGAUGUUAACAGAUGAUGUGGUUUAUGAAAGAAGUUUUCAGUUAAAUGUGCAGCACACAUUUUUAAUAAAAUAUUUAUAGCUACAAAAAAAAAAGAAUGUAUUCAAAUAAAAGAAACAAAGAGCUUGUAGUUUGAGUGGCCAGAACAUCAACAGUUUUACAGUAAAACAUGUCACUUGAAAGUGUGAGUAGGGAGGGUGAGAACCAAAUAGAGCAGGUUGGGCCCAACAAUUUGUGGCUGUUUGUUGUGACCUCUGGGUGAAGUCAAUAUUGCUUGGUGAUAGCAGUCAGCUGUUUUAAGUACAUCAGACAGCCUGGUGUAUUUUAAAGUGGUGUCCUAGAUUGGAACUCAUACAGCGUAGAGGCCUAAGUUUAAAACAAACUACAUAGAGCAAACAAACAUUUUGUGGAUGUCUUGGUAUAGCUGAUUUGACUUGAGGGAUAUCUGACCAUAGGAUAUUGUCACAAUUGUAGUGGUGAACUACUAAACAGUACAUCAUGUAUACAUCAACUUUACCCUCUGACAGCUGUACUAUAUUCACAAAGGAUGAGGUGAAUAGAAUAAGAUCACAACAUAGUGACCAGAUGGCAAUGACCCUCUUGCCGGCUCUCCUGUUGCUCAGCAUCAUUAUGUUUGUAGGCUUCAUAGGGAACAUCCUAGUCUUCUAUGUGUAUUUCACAAAGUUCACUCCAAGCUCUGCUAGAUCAGCCAUCCUGGCAAUGGCCUGCUAUGAUCUUGUUACAUGCCUGUUCAGCAUACCAGGAGAAAUAGUGGACAUGAGAUUCUCUUACAGCUUCACCAGUGAGGUAAUGUGCCGUGGCUUACGCAUGGUCACUACCAUCAUCCUCGUCGCAUCUGGGUUGUUGCUGGUGCUGGUUGCAGUGGACAGAUUUCAAAGGAUCUGCCGACCCCUUGAUGACCACUACACAUCUAAAGAUAUCUGGAAGAGGAUUUUCUUACUGAGUUUACUGGCUGCCGUCAUUGCGAUUCCAUCACCAAUUAUGUAUGGACUGUCUUACACAGCUAUAGAUAUUACUAAUAGUGAUAAGCCAUACAAAAAUCAGACUUUGUAUGGACUUGAAUGUUCCACAAGUGAAGCAUUUAAGAACCACCCACUCCAGCGGGCUUACAGCAUUCUUCUACUUGCUGUCUUUCUGGUAGCCUUCACAAUAAUGAUAAUCUUGUACAUUUUGAUAGGAAAGCAGGUGCUGAGACAUCACUCUUUUGUCAAAGCAGUUCGACAAGGUAGUGGCCAUGUUCUAGACAAGCCUCACAGCAGUCACCAAGACAAUAAUGAGCCUUCAUUUGUUGAGGUUAAAGAAUCCUCAGUACUGCAUGAAAUGGAUCAGGACAAAGAAAGUCCUACUCAUAAAGAGUCAAUUCCUAAAAAGACAGAUGAGAAAAAAAGUCCGUCAAGGAAACAAUCUGUCAUGCACCGCAUUCGAAAAGUAUCUCGAGCUGGAGACUCUAGAACUAGAAAAACAACGAUGAUGCUAUUUUGUAUCACUAUAGUUUUCGUUAUAAGUUUCCUUCCACACAUCAUUCUCAAGGCCACACAAGCUUUCAACAAACAUUUUGACCAGAAUCUCAACACCACUGGUAUUGUCAUGUACAACAUCUUUGUAAGAUCAUAUUUCUUUAACACAGCAGUCAACUUUUUUGUCUACGGCUUCUGCAGUCCCAAAUUUAGGGCAGAGUGCAAAGCCUUAAUCUUUAGCUUUGCCUUCUGGAUCAAGAAGAGGCGAGCAUCAAUAAAAAGUGAUGACAUUCAAUAGACUAGUUCGAGUAGUGAACAUUUAUUAACAGUUUCAUGUUUAUUAAAAAAAGAAUGAAAUGGCUGAUGGAUGUAGCUAUAAAUUCAGUCCUCAUUCAUUCAAGUGUUUGAUAACACAUUUAAUAAUUUCAGGUUUGAUAAUAUAAUGAAAAUGUGUACACAUGCAUACAUUGACCACGGGUAUCAGAAGAAUAUGUUUGUUCAUUGCAUACAUUUCUGUUUAAAGUGUAGAUGGCGAACAAAUAAUAAUAAAGACAUGUAAAUAGGACUAUUACGUUAUAUAAAGCAAAGACAAUCAUUUUUAAUAAAGCAAAGACAAUCAACCUAAAAUUGGUGGUAAAAGUUCUUAAACAAUUUUUUUAAAAGCUGUACAUUAGCUUUGUUCUAGGCAGUAGUAUUAAGAAAAAAAAUUCAGAUGUAAAACUAUAUGAGUCUUAUAUUGUUGAACACAUACAAAACAAAUUCUUCUAACAAAUAGCUUAGAACAUUUAAAGCAAAUAAAAUCUACAUUUAAUGAUAAUUUGAUACUCUGCAAGCCAUAAAGGAUUUCAUUUUAGAUUUUUUUCUUUUAAUGUUUUUGUGAGCCAUCAUCACGAAUAUGAAAUUAAUUAAAUGUAUACCUUCAGUAUUAUCAAGCAUUCCAUGAUUAAAUGUAAACAUUAUAUAUAGUUCAUCCAUUGUGAUUCGAUGAUGACCACUUUUGCAGCUUUGCACUGGGGUUUUGUGCCUCCUCAUGUGGCUGGUGAGACCUAUGUGAGCCCGGAAUGUUCAUCUGCACACUGGGCAGUUAUUCCAGCUGGAGCUAGUGUCAUUGGCCUUGCUUUUUUUCUCUGGUGCUUUUCUUCUGCCAGCACUGUUCUCUUUUUCUCAGCAAUUUGUGUGCCAGUUUUCACAGCGCGACGCCAUGAUGCUCUAUCAUGUGAGUCUGUCUCCCAGUUGGAUGGGUUAAUGCUGAAUACUUUCAGAGCUUUGAUGGUGUCCCUAAAGCAUUUUCUUUGUCCACCUUGUGAGAGCUUUCCUUCUUUUAAUUGGCCUUACAGGAGCCAUUUAGGGAUGCAGGGAUCUUCCAUUCUGCAGACAUGUCCUGCCCAUCGCAGCUGGGACUGCAUCAGGAUUGCGUGGAUGCUUUGAAGAGCCACUCUUUGAAAGACUUCAGUAUCUUUUAUUUUUUCUUGCCAUUUGACAUUCAGCAUUUUUCUUAGACAUGUAAUGUGGAAGUGGUUCAGUUUUUUUUCAUGUUUUCUGUAUACUGUCCACGUUUCCGAGGCAUAGAGCAACGUACUGAGGGUGACAGCUCAACAGACCUCUAGCUUUGUGUUUGUGGUGAUACAUCGUUUGUUCCAGACAUUUUUAAACAGUCUGCCAUAGAAUGCACUGGCCAUAGCGAUACGCAGAUCGAUUUCAUUAUCAAUCUUUCCAUUUCUGGAGAGUGUGCUGCCAAGAUAGGUGAAUCUGUCCACUGCAUUUAUAUCAUGUCCAUUUAUCUUGAUGCUUGGAUCCAAGUAGGCUUUACCUGGAGCAGGCAGAUAUAAGACUUCAGUUUAUUUUGUGUUUAUGGCAAGGCCAAAGUCUGAACAUGCUCUUGAGAAGUCACUGCCAAUGCUCUGCAGAUCAUUUUCAGAGCAGGCAUUUAGGGCACAGUCAUCAGCAAAUAGCAGAUCCCUGAUUACUGCUGUUUUUAUAAACAUUAGUAACUUGUAUGUGAAGACUCAGAUCAACACUCUACAGAAAUGACAUUAAAAUGUACCUGAUAAACCAACUGUUGUGACUAGUACUCACUUCACUGAUGGACUGUUAAACCAAUAUGUUAUAAUACUGGAUGAUCAAAAAUUUUUUAAAAAUGUUUCUGCCCCAUUAAUGAUAUGUUACCUUUAUAAACAGAAACUUUAUUAAAAAACUGUUUAUUACAAACUGUAUUAAUGAAAAUGGAGUUGGAGUAGACACAACUAGCAUGACCUAGGAAAGAUGGGAAAUGGAACCCACAAUGCACAAGAAAUAUGAAUCCAAAAAGCACUGGGCAACAAUGUCUGGAAACAAGACAUCAAAAAAAUUUUUGUUACAUCAGUAUAAGAUAAAAGAUGGUAGAAAUAUUAGCAAACCAGUAGGGAUAGUGGCUUAUAAUUUCCAGCAAUUGUUUCCACUUGGACCACUUAUAAAAGCCACUAUACAAUGGAGUUGUAGUCCCAUUAAAUUUUUAAAAAUUUUGGUCAUGACUCAAAAGAGGUUAGGAAGUCAUGCAUAGAACAUUUGUAUUUUGAAAGUGCACAGGUCUUUUUGUCUGACUUAUAUUUUAAGGUACAAGUUAUAAAAAAAAGGAAUGAGUUUGUGUUUGUUAUUUAUAGUGCUGUGACCAUUGAGGUUCAAUCUAUAUGUAUUAUCUAAACAUAAUUUUUUUUACCCAGGAUGAGUUUGUUAGUCAUAAGUUAGUUUGACAUUUCCUGUCUAGCAAGUUUAAUACACAUGAUUUCUAUCCGUUUAUUUGUGAAAUGAGCUGAAGAGGGUCCACUUACACUUUGACCAAUGAGUGGGCAGUAUCUUGUCCGAGAGACUCAGUCAAACGAGACACGAAUAAUGCUUACACAAGGGGAAGUAAGUACACUGCCACUCACUUUAAAAAAAAAAUUCUACAUGUUAAUUUGAAAAAAAUAACCAUUUAUAUUUGAAUGCUUGAAGAUCUUGUAUAAAACUAGUACAAAAA